AUGGAAGGCUUAGGCAACUUAAAAUACUUUCUUGGUCUCAAAAUCGCUAGGAAUGCUUCUGGUUUCUACAUCUCGCAAAGAAAAUACGCCUUUGACAUAAUAACAGAAGCAGGUCUGCUUGGCACCAAGCCAUCCCCCGUUCCAGCCGAACUUAAUCAUAAGCUCACUAAAGCUACAGGCCCUCUUUCCAGCACACAUCAGUACAGACGCCUUGUUGGUCGUCUGAUAUAUUUAAGUAACACAAGACCGGACCUCGGAUACGCUGUUCAUGUACUUGCUCAAUUUAUGCAGAAACCUUUAUUGCCUCGCCGGGUUGCUGCCAUACGUGUUGUUAAAUAUCUCAAAGGGUGUCCGGGUCAAGGAAUCUUCUUAAAAGCAAAUGAUUAUCUUCAGAUAAGUGUUUAUUGUGUUUCGGACUGGAGCUCAUGUCCUACAUCACGCCGAUCCUUAAGUGACUACAUUAUCUUUGUUUUCACCGGUUGUGUGGAGAACAAAAAAGCAAGAUGUAGUGUCCCUAUCCUCGGCUAA